UUCAAGUCAACAUAGAAAAAGUCAUCAGAAAAGCAAAAACAAUCCACGUGUUGAUGAGCUUAGUGAGAAAACCUCAGAUCAACUUCUUAAAUUGGACAAAUCAGUGAGUUUUAUGUUUAUUAACCAAUGAAUCGUGUGCCAGUAUAUUGUUUCACUCUUCACAGCAACUUGAAAGGAAACAAGACUGUCAUUUCUAUGGCCACCGCCAUUGAUUGUCUUUUUAUGGAACUGAAGUGAGAUCAUUUUCAGAGAAGACACCAUGAAGGAUGGAGGUGGCCUUAGAAGCCAGAGCUGUAAUUACCCCUCAAUCUUGGUAUUUUUUACUUUCUCUAUCGUUGCGUGUGUUCUUUUCAAUGAAAAUUUUGUGGCACUCCCAUAUCCAAGAUUCAAAGGGAUCUUGGAGGAGUACCCAGCAGUUCAAGAAAAUAGCAAUAUUGAUGAUGUUAGGCCCUCAGCAAAGGGUACUAAAGAAAAUGUAAAUAUGGAGCUGGUUUCUGUUGAAGGAGAUCAUGAAGAUGAAGAAGUGGUGUUGCCACGGAAAGAGUGUGAUAUCUUCCUAGGAGAGUGGGUUCUUGAUAAGUUGACUCAUCCUCUAUAUAAAGAAGAAGACUGUGAGUUCCUGACUGAUUCAGUGACUUGCAUAAAAAAUGGAAGGAAGGAUUCAAUGUAUCAAAAUUGGAGAUGGCAGCCCAGAGAUUGCUCUUUGCCCAAGUUCAAAGCAACGUUGUUGCUGGAGAAACUUAGAGGGAAGAGGCUUAUGUUUGUAGGAGAUUCAUUGAAUCGUCAGCAAUGGGAAUCCAUGAUUUGUCUGGUCCAAUCUGUGAUUCCUCUAGACAAGAAGAGUUUGUCAAGCAGCUCAAGUUUUCUCAGUGUCUUCAAAAUUGAGGACUACAACGCUACCAUAGAGUUUUACUGGGCUCCUUUUUUGGUCGAGUCCAAUUCGGAUGCUGUAUCAAAUAGGAAUGGCCAAUCGGACCGCGUUAUCAUGCCCGAAUCAAUCUCAAAACAUGGAGAUGACUGGAAGAAUGUCGAUUACCUUAUAUUCAACACUUAUAUUUGGUGGAUGACGUCUAUUUAUUCAAAAGUAUUGCGAGGAGGAUCAUUUGUUGAAGGCCCCAUAGAGUAUGAUGAAGUUGAGUUGCCAAUAGCAUAUGAGAGAGUUUUGAGGACGUGGGCCAAAUGGGUGGAGGAAAAUGUUGAUCCCAAGCAUUCCUCUGUUUUCUUCAGCAGCAUGUCUCCUACCCAUGCCAGGAACCUGGACUGGGACAAUCCUGAUGGGAUUAAGUGUUCUAAUGAAACUAAACCGAUCCUAAACAAGUCCAAGCCAUUCGAUGUGGGAACGAACCGACAACUUUUUGCGAUCGCAGUGAAUGUGACUCGUUCAAUGAAAGUACCAGUCAACUUCCUCAAUGUAACCACACUGUCUGAAUAUCGGAAAGAUGCACACACGUCCAUUUACACAGCUAUUGAAGGCAAGUUACUCUCGCCGGAGGAAAAGUCUGACCCACUCAAGUAUGCCGAUUGUUUGCACUGGUGUCUGCCUGGACUUCCUGAUACAUGGAAUGAGCUGCUCUACACAUAUAUCAUCUCUCGUACUUGACUCCAACAGAUUACAUUCUGGUUUUUUCUUUGGUAAUUUAAUUUAAUUGAUUCUUAAUGAAAGCAUAUAAUUGCUAUAUAACCUCUGCAGUUUGAUUA